AUGAUCUGCUCUACUAGUAAAAAUCCAACCAAAGAGGCAAUCGCAAAUUUAUUGGAUUCGUACAAGAAGGGAGAAGAUCCCAUUCUUCGAUCGUACAAUAUUCUCACGUUUACUGGUGAUGAGAUGGAAAUUGAUCUCCAUGUUGAUUAUUUCGGAUUGAAAGAAUUUGUUUGUAAAAUUGUUCGAGUAUCGGAAGACUUGUUGUGUGUGUCGAAUGAUGGUAAAGAGGACUAUGUUGAAAUAUUAUCGGCAUCAUCAUCCUCCGAAAAAUCAGCUCUUGAAUAUUCUUUAGAAAAAGUAAUAGAGACACUUGUUCAAGGAAGAGAAGAUUUCUUGAUGAAUGAAGUCGGAACACCAACACCUACCACUGCAAAAGGAAGUCAAAAAGUUUUUGAUGAUAUGGAAGAUGAUGGUAUGGAUGUGGGAUUCGAUGAUGGUGAGCUUCAAGAUGCUCUUUCAUGUCAUGUAAAUGAUGCAAAAGCAUAUUAUGACUCCAAGUUUGUGACGCUCAUUGGUCAAAUUUAUAACGUGAGAUUGCAAAUUGUUGCUGAUGACUUGUCCAAAGAAAUGAAAAAGGAGUAUAGAAUCAAAAGUGAUGACAUGUGGCACACCAUGUCCGUGAGUUUUGCUCCAGACUAUCUCUCUCACAAUGUGCCACCUCGAGUGCAAUACAAACCCGAAAUUGUCACAGAAAAGAGUGGAUUUGCCGAACAAAUGGAGCAUAUCUUGUCAAAAUUUGUAGAUAUGCGUUGGGUACAACUUCAGCAAGACAGAAACACCAAAUUUGGUGCUGCUGAUUUGAAAUUGGCAACCUACAAUUCCAACAUUUCUAAAAGUGAUAGAAAGAAGGCAGUUCAACAACUUUUGAAAGAAAAGAAAAUUAACACUGCCAAAGCACUUGCUCUCUACUAUAGCAACAUGAAACCUGAAACUGCUGAUGAAUUAUUAACAGAAUGUGGACAUGUUCAACACAACAAUUAUAGUUAUGACAAGGCAUUGGUUAGUGACAACGAACCAAAGGUUAAUUUUAUUUUGGAAAUGUUGACCUACAUGUUCUUGAGAAUUCCUACAUGUCACAAAUUCUGCUGCAAUUGCGACGAUCAUAUUGAUUGUUACGACAUGUUGUCUACUGAACAUCAAAAACCAAUUAUUUGUACUCGUUUCAAAUGUCAAUUCGAGUAUAUCGAGUUGGGUGUUUGCAAUACCAUUCCCAUCUCCAUAUGCCCGUCCUCAAUUCAUACUGACAUUAAUGAGAACGGUGAUGUAGUUGAUAUCAUGAUCAGCAUGUCAUACUCGGCAGCAACAAGCUCCAGAAGAGAUGUUAUUUUUGAUCCAUUCCCAGAAAUGUUUAACACUUCUGGAUCUUCAACUAAAAACUAUGAUGCUGUGGUGAAGGCGUUUGAUCUAAUCCCUUCUGUUGCUCAAAUGAAGGAACAUUGUGAAACAGAGAGUGAUAUUAAGAAAUUUUUGCAUCCAAAUGCAUAUCAAAUACUCAAGUGGUUGUUGAGUACAAACAGAUGUGCUCUUGUUAAAAUGCCAGAAAAGAAGAGAAUUAAGGAAAUGCAAACCGAUUAUCAAUACAUUAUGAUGAUGGAUAAUCCAGAGAAGGCAGCUACAUUUGCACAAAAUAGAAAGAAGUAUGGUUCAUAUUGGGCUUUUCACGGCUCUGCUGUCGAGAACUUCCACAGUAUCUUGAGAAAGGGACUUGUGAAUGCUUCGAACACCAAACUUAUGACUACUGGUGCGGCUUAUGGACCUGGAAUUUAUAUGGCUCGUGAAUCAAGCACAAGCUUUGGUUAUUCUCGUGUUGGUUCAUCUUGGAGCAAAUCUCAAUUCGUCAACUCCAAUACCUUACGUUGUAUCAUGAUUUGCGAAGUUGUCAAAGCACCAGGUGUUCCAACUGUCGCAUCUCCUUAUUAUGUUGUUAAAGAAGCAGAACAUGUCACCACUCGAUUCUUCUUGUUCUAUCCUUCUACUAGUGUGAAUGUGAGCAUUGUUGCUGAUGACAUUAAGGGAUUGAAUGAUUUUAUCAAAUAA